AUGGGCUUGCUGUGCUGUGCUGCGUCUACCCUACCAAGCUAUGUCCCCAACGGCCUGGAGCCUUUCCCCCCCCCUCCCUCCCAAAAGAUGAAUACGUUCCUGCAACGUUCGCGGGACGCUUGGAUCAUCCCACUCGUCGGGCACGGCUGCGGGCGGUCGGGCAGGUAUCCAGGUACGGUAUGA